UUAAACUUCUCUCUGCUAAUAUUGUUGAUGAAUUGACAGCUCUCUCACUUCUCUGCUACACCACACAAGGUAACACAGUACUUGAGAGCACAUGACUGUAGCAUCAGCAGCAUCAACAUUUUCUAUUAUGGCAUCCUUCUCCUCCUAACCACAUCGCAUUCACGAUCCUGUGAAAACACCGUGAAUUGAUUUUGGAUAUCUGAUAUUUUUCUUGAUCUCUUCCUCCCCAUCUCUAUAUUGUUCACUAUCGCCUCCUCUCACCAGUAUACCAGCGGAAGAAUAUCAAGAUAAACAUUUCCACCGCCUUCGCUGACAUUCGAUACGCUCAGCCAAUCAGCGACUGCAAUUUUUUCAUAACCAGGAAAAGACCAGAACAGGAAAACGCCGCAAGAAGAAAAAGAGAUGGUUCUUCCUCAACUCUUUGCCCGUCACAAAUCCAAGCGAUCCACUUCUUCCAAAGAGGAUUCGAAGAAGACUUCAUCGCCAAAAAGUCCUCCUCUAUCGACGGAGACUCUUCCUUCUCGGUCGUCCUCGACUUCAACUUCUUCGUCUCGCCACAACCCCAGUCAUCAUCCUCAUCUUCGCUCUCCAUCCACACCCACCGCCGACUCCCGUUCCUCUUCCUCAUCAUCCAUUCAUCCACCGUCCUCUCACUCCUCGAGAUCGUCCAAAUCCAAGUCGAGAUCUCAGACCUCCGCUAAAUCCAAAUCUUCCUCGUCCAAGGACGCCUCCGCUGCGAGGUUCAGUUUCCCUACCUCCCGGCUAUCCUCCACCUUCGAUCGUUACUCCCGCGAUCCCGACUUUCAUCCUUUGAAUCUUCCCCCCGACGAGCUACGUCGUUUAUCCGCCAUGGCUUCUGCCGCCGAUCGAAGUUCAAUGGAUAUCGAUUCGCCUGCCUCUCCUUCCCAGAACACCAAUGGUGUGAACGGCGCUCAGACUGACCGGACUCCUACCCCGCCGCCGCACAAGUCCAAUGGCUCGGUCGCCGAAGCCGACACAUUUAAAUUGGCGGGCAAUAAAUUUUUCAAGGACGGAAAUUACAAUCGCGCAAUUGAAGAGUUCACCAAAGCCAUUGAAAUCAACCCCAGUUCCUCCAUCUACCUCUCCAACCGGGCUGCGGCAUAUCUCUCUGCCAACCGCUACCUCGAAGCUUUAGAAGAUGCCGAGCGCGCACUGGAGCUGGAUCCCGACAACUCCAAGAUCAUGUAUCGUCUGGCCCGCAUUCUGACUGCGUUGGGACCCCCCGCCUCUGCGACCGACCGUGCCGCUCCUGAAAAGAUGCAGCGCUUCAUCAAACAAGCCGAGGAAACCUUGGCGGAAGAUCGGGGUGUGUCGAUGGUGCUAUUCUGCAUUGAGCAGGCACGGCAGCUGCUGGGUCGCGGAGUCAAGGAACCCCGCAAAUGGACUCUUCUGACUGCCGAAGCACAACUGAAGAUGGGUAACGAAAACUCGUUGAGGAAAGCGCAGGAUAUCGCCAUUUCUAUGCUCCGCGAGAACAACCAGGACCCUGAUGCGCUUAUGAUCCGUGCUCGUGCGUACUACGGCUUGGGAGAAUCCGAGCAGGCUUUGAAAACGCUCAAGAUGUGUUUGGGUCUGGAUCCGGACAUGAAACCGGCGAUCAAGUUGCUGCGCACCGUCCAGAAGCUUACACGCACCAAAGAGGGAGGAAACAAUGCUUUCAAGGCCAAGGAUUACCGCAAGGCUAUCGAGCUGUGGUCCGAAGCGCUCGGGGUGGACCCUCAGAACAAGGACAUGAAUUCCAAGAUUCUGCAGAACCGAGCUCAGGCAUACAUUAACCUGAAGGAAUACGAGAAUGCCAUCAACGACUGCAAUGAGGCGCUGAAAUUGGAUCCCUCGUACGUCAAGGCGCAGAAAAUGCGCGCCAAGGCCUACGGUGGUGCCGGCAAUUGGGAAGAGGCUAUCCGCGACUACAAGGCGGUAGCAGAGGCCAACCCCGGUGAGAAGGGCAUUCAGGAGGACAUUCGCCGCGCAGAGUUUGAGCUGAAGAAGGCUCAGCGGAAGGACUACUACAAGAUUCUUGGUGUCUCCAAGGACGCAUCCGAGUCGGAGAUCAAGAAGGCCUACCGCAAACUGGCCAUCCAGUACCACCCCGACAAGAACCGGGAUGGUGAGGCCGGUGACGAGAAGUUCAAGGAGAUUGGAGAGGCCUACGAAACUUUGAUCGACCCUCAGAAGCGCGCUGCUUACGACAAUGGCGAUGAUCUCAUUGACCCUGCUGAAAUGUUUGCAGGCCGUGGCUUCGGUGGUAUGGGAGGUAUGGGCGGCAUGGGCGGCAUGGGAGGCAUGGGAGGCAUGGGUGGUGCCACUCACAUCAACAUCGAUCCCAGCGUUCUCUUCAACAUGAUGAACGGCGGCGGAGGAUUCGCCUCAGCCGGUGGCCAUCCCUUCGGCGGCGGCCACCACCACCACCAGUCUCAGGGCUUCCCUGGUGGAUUCCCUUUCUAAACUCAGACUCAACCCGACAGUUUCAACCCACGAUAGAUGAAAAAGGUCGUGAAGCGAUGUGAUUGAUACCACAACGACGAUAGAACUCUUCUGCUUUGGUCUUGCCUCCUUCAUCUGCAUAACAGGCCGCUCCAUGCAUACGUGUGUCGUCUUUCAAAAUAUUCCCUGGGUGCAUUGCAUUGAUGGUUCCGGACUGCUCCUGAUGCCUGAUGCGAUAGAUUGGCGUCCCUUUUGUUUUCCUUUCUUGACUAUCAUUUUUUCCAGUUUUGUCGGCCCUGAUGGUAUCUGGGUCGAGGUUCUUUGUCGUUUUGUUUCAGUGGCUUGCCACGUAUCCAGUGG